AUUUUAAACUUUCUUUCCAUUUUAAAGGUCAUGCUACCAUUGGAUCAUUGGCAAUGGGCUUUUAAAACCACUCCGAAGCUCAAUUAGUUGCACCUGGUGGGACUUCAGGUGUAGCUGCUGUUGGACAAAAGCAGAGGGUUUUUUUGGUGGCACUUCACCUAAUGUUAAAUGGAAUCAAAAGCUGAUGAAACCUUACCUACACCUCCUCCUUUCCUUUCAUCAGGAGGGACCGUCUCAGAGCACGGCGUGAGAACAUCCCUCAUCAACUCACCUGUCAGCUCUCCACCACCUCCUCUCUCAUCACUACCAGAGGGUGGGAAGAGGGAUUUUGGAAGACGUUCGGGCGUUUAUUUUGUCAGCUCUCCACCACCUUCUGUCUUCUCCCCACUGCCAGGAGAGACUGCAUCUGUUAACAAUGCAAGCGUCUGGGACAUCCACUCACCCGGUAACCCUCCACCACUUUCCUCCUUGUCACCACUACAAGUUUCUAGGCCUGUGAUUGUGAGCUAUGAGACCAGGCCACUUUACUCUCCAGCACUGGCAACUUGUGCCUCCUGUCAAACCCAAGUCACCACAGAGGUUACCUUCAAAGUCGGGACUUACACCUGGCUCAUGUGUCUUCUGUUUGUGUUGUGUGGGUUGUUUCUGGGCUGCUGCUUGAUUCCCUUUUUUGUGAACCACUUUAAAGAUGCCUACCACACCUGUCCUUCUUGUAAACGUGUUCUACAUAUCCAGAGGAGGCAAUGCUUCAAAUGAAAAGUUGGACAACGACAAAAAAUAAAAUGAAAAAUAAUAAUAAUUAAAAAUAUAUAUUUAACCAGCUUUUAGUCAUGUUUUAUAUGUAAAA